AUGGGUGCCCACGGAUCCAGCCUGGAUGAAGUCUUGGCUGAGGACAUGCACCACUGGUACAACAAGUUCAUGAGGGAAUCGCCAUCUGGUCUCAUCACGCUCUUUGAACUCAAGACCAUGCUACAGAUGCAGGGGAUGACUGAGGAAGCCAGCAGCUAUGUGGAUCAAGUCUUUUACACCUUUGAUAUGGAUGGGGAUGGUUAUAUAGAUUUUGUAGAAUACAUUGCAGCUGUAAGUCUUCUACUGAAAGGAGAGAUAAACCAGAAGCUGAAGUGGUACUUCAAACUCUUUGAUCAGGAUGGAAAUGGCAAGAUUGACAGAGAUGAAAUGGAGACCAUAUUCAAAGCCAUCCAGGACAUUACCCGCAGUUAUGACAUCCCUCCAGAUGAUAUUGUAUCUUUGAUCUACGAGAGAAUUGAUGUCAAUAACGAAGGUGAGUUGACGUUGGAGGAAUUCAUCACAGGGGCUAAAGAACAUCCUGAUAUCAUGGAGAUGCUCACCAAGAUGAUGGACCUCACCCACGUCCUGGAGAUCAUAGUCAAUGGGCAAAAAAAGAAGGAGUGACUGCCAAUGUUUGAUGCAUCCCAUCCUGAUUAAACAUGAUCAGCUCUGUGGAUAAAAAGCUUAAAACAGACUCAGUAGAGGGUGAA